UUGCAAGUAGCCAAUAUGCCUCCACCCAAAAAGCCUAAAAGUGGUCCCACAUCAAUAGAGCAAUUCAUGUCUACUGAGGAAAUCCGAACACCAAGCGAUGACGAGGAUAUGCGGGAGAGGACCGGAUCCUGCUCAUCAGACGUGUCCGUGAUUUGCGAAAAAACGGAGAGUGACAAGGAAUCGCAGAUCUUCGAGGACGAGAAAAGUCCGUCUGGACUAAAACUGUUGAGAGACUUGAUCACGAAGAAAGUGAACGAUGAACAACGGGUUCCUGGGUCGUGUUCGAGUGGUAGAAGUUCAUGUCAGAGUCUGUCUCCAAGCAACGAGUCGGAGGACGCUUCGCGUGAAAAUUCUCGAGCUAGCACGACGGCCAGUCUCACGAGCGAGGAGCGAAAGAAACAUCCCCCAAGCGCGUCCUCGCCAAUUUCCCCAAUGGCGGGAAGCGUGUUACCUCCUUUUGGAAACAGUGCAAAUCCCCAAACUGCAGCUACAUCGGUACGGGGAAGCGAGCGCUUAAUUAACAGUAUGGUGGCUUCGAGUUUCAUGUCGGGAGCUUUUCCCACCAGCCCCACAACGACGUCCUACUCUGCCUAUUUCCCCUCCUACUUGUACGGGCAAUCCUUGCAAAGUUCAUACUAUCUCAACAACUUUGAUUCGGAACCAAGAGAUCUGUCUACCAAAAUUCAGAAGGAAAAUCAAAAUCGCGAAAGACUUUUUGAUCGAAGUUCCGUUGACUCACAAGUUCACAGGGAUAUUGAGCAGCGACUCUCCGCCCAUUUUGGACUCGGGUCUUAUGACUCCCUGACGGAUCGUAAGGAUUUGGAUUCACGGAAGAAUUUGGUUGGAAUUCUGACGGAACCCAGAUAUAACCACUUACGGUUCCCAGUCAGUCCUGUGGACAGAGAUGCUGCGUCGUUCCCGUUCUUUGUCAAUGGAUACGAGUCAAGGAGAGAGUCCAUCGAAAAACUGGUUCCUAAGGAGGAGCAUGGAUCCCACCACUCUCCCAGCAUGGUACCCCAGGGCAGUUUUCUGUCCAUGCCCUACAUGAUGCAUAAUCAAGUCCCCUCCUCCACCACCCUGGAGUUCCGCGAUCAUGACGGGCGGAUUCUCCCCCUAUUAGACCCCUCUCUCUCAUUCGCAGAUGGAAGAAAACUAAAGCAUAGUGCUGUUACAGGUCAUGGACCAAACAAGCUAUGCCAGGUGUGCAGUGAUAAUGCCUCGGGGUUCCACUAUGGGGUGUGGUCCUGUGAGGGAUGCAAAGCCUUCUUCAAAAGAAGCAUACAAGGGCCAGUCGAUUAUGUAUGCCCAGCUACCAAUACCUGCACUAUAGACAAACAUCGUCGAAAAUCCUGUCAGGCAUGCAGAUUACGCAAGUGCUAUGAAGUGGGAAUGAAUAAAGGGAGUCAGAGAAAGGAGAGGAAAGGUAGCAUUUCUAUGUCCAAACCAACGGCCACCAAACGGAGUCGUGCAGACUCGUCCGACAACACGGUCAAUUCUACCAGCGGCAGCCCCAACCCAGCAAAGUCAGCUAGGAAGUCCCAGACUGUGAUCAUACUUCAGGCCUUGAACAAGGCGGCGCUGCCAGUCCUGGAGAGCCACCACAACCAUGGUCAGCCGCCCACCAAGGUCCACCUCCUCAACUCACUGGUCAAGCUGGCAGAGAGGGAGUUAGUGCACCUUAUCAACUGGGCCAAAAAUGUCCCUGGUUACACAGAUCUAUCUUUGAGUGACCAGGUCCAUUUGAUUGAAUGCUGUUGGAUGGAACUCCUCCUAUUGAACUGUGCAUUUAGAUCUAUUGAACAUGGGGGCAAAAGUCUGGCCUUUGCCCCUGACCUUGUGCUAGACAGGUCAUCUUGGAGUACCAUAGAAAUGGCGGAGAUCUUUGAACAAGUGGCAGCGGUUUCUGAACAGAUGAUGCAAAACCACCUACACAAAGAUGAACUUCUCCUGUUACAGGCCAUGGUUCUUGUUAACGCAGAAGUACGCCGACUGGCCAGCUGUAACCAGAUUUACAAUAUGCAACAGGCUCUGCUUGAUGCCAUAGUGGACACUGCACAGAAAUAUCACCCAGACAAUGUACGACAUGUACCCUCUGUUCUCUUAUUAUUGACACAUAUACGGCAGGCAGGGGAGCGGGGGAUCGCAUACUUUCAGAGACUCAAGUCCGAGGGAAUUGUAACUUUUUGUGAUUUGUUGAAAGAAAUGUUAGAUGCACAGGACUUCUUGGAGAAGAAAUCUUCAAAUGAAGGAGAUUGAAAAAGUAUAUAUAUAUGUUUUGUCUCAGUCACCAUGGUGAUCCUGUAACUAUAGUGAUAUACCUAACUUUUUGGCAGAUGCAAUUUUGAAUAUUUAUGUAGAGAGAGGAGGAGAAAAUAAGAUUGAAAAAAAUUAUGCACAGACUUAAGAAACGAUACAUAAGAAAAACCUUAUGAGGUUUGUAUAUGGAUGCUACAAAAUGAAUUUAUUGUGUAAUUAAUGAGCUCCAAUUGUUGUCACUGUGUUACUGUAUCAAUUAUGAAUGUUUAUCCCAUUUUUUUGGACACAUUUUCCCCUCUCUUGUUACUAAGAUUCAGAAUGGUUUCUACACGUCUGUCAUUGUCAGGUAUUAGAUGUUUGAGCAGCUAUCCGGUCUGUUGAGGAUGUUUUACAUUAUAUUAUACCAGCUCACAUACUGCUUGUGAAGAUAUAUACAUAGGUGUACAUGUAUGUUGCUCUUUGAACAAAGAAGUAUUAUGUUAAACUAUUGCGAGUUCUUGUUUCGAUCAUAACACGAGUGAGACACCAUAUUGUUAAUGUUUGCAUUUUAUCAUUUUCAUCGUAUCAACCUAAACAUUACAUGUAUAUAUAUUAUGUGCAUCCAUUUUUUUUUUUAAUUAGAACUUCAGCAAGUGGAUUUUAUGUUAACUAGUUGUCUUUUUUUU